AUGGGGAUGAUUAGGAGUUUGAUAUUUUUGCUGUCUUUUCAGCUCCUGCAUGUGGCAAAAGGUUCUAUGGUAAGGCUAAACAAGAAUGGCUAUGAGGAUUUGGUUGUUGCAAUUAGUCCCCAGGUGCCAGAAGAUGUCAACAUCAUCCUGAACACGAUGAACAUGAUUAAAAGUGCUUCUAAUUACUUGUUUGAAAUGACAAAACAUCGAUUUUUCUUCAAGUCUGUAAAAAUUAUAAUUCCUAAAACGUGGAAGAAAAAACCCAACUAUUCAAGAUUAAAAACAGAAUCAUAUAAUAAGGCAGAUGUCAUCAUAGCAGACCAUUAUAUGAAACAGGUAGAUGAUCCUUAUACCUUACAGUAUGGAGGAUGUAAGGAGAAAGGACGAUACAUCCAUUUCACACCUAACUUCUUGUUAAAUGACCAUUUAGCUAAAGGUUAUGGAGAAAGAGGUCGAGUUUUUGUCCACGAAUGGGCUCACUUGCGGUGGGGAGUGUUCGAUGAAUAUAACAGCGACAUGCCUUUUUAUGUGUCUAGAAAUUCCAAAAAAGGAAGUGUUAAAGCAACAAGCUGUCCGGCUGGUUUGACUGGUACACCUGUUUUUGCAGACUGCAAUGGAGACAAGUGUGAGUCAAGAAGCUGUAGAUACGAUGGUCAGCUAUAUGAAAAAGGAUGUUCAUUUAUUCCAGAUAUACAACAAGAUAUCUCAGGUUCUGUUAUGUGUUUUCAAUCCAUACCUUCUGUUGUUGAAUUUUGUGAUAAAAACACUCACAAUAUUGAGGCUCCAAAUAUGCAGAAUAAGAUAUGCAACUACAAAAGCACGUGGGAAGUAAUUAUGGAAUCUGAUGACUUUCGCAACUCAGCUGUUUUAAAUGCUUCUGCACCCCCCUCUGAGACUACCUUCACACUACUGCAGACCCAAGACAGAGCAGUUGCUUUAGUGCUGGAUGUUUCUGGGAGCAUGUCAGUGCAUCACCGCAUCAAACAUCUCUAUAGUGCUGCAGAGGUAUUUCUGCUCCAUAUUAUUGAAAUCAAUUCCUGGGCUGGAAUUGUCACUUUUGACUCUGAAGCAUCUGUAAAAGCUCCUUUGCAACAAAUAACCAAUGAUGAAGCACGCCAAAAACUUGUUCAAUAUUUGCCUACACUUGCUAGUGGAACAACCAAUAUCUGUGCAGGCAUAAAUAAAGGACUUAAGUUAAUUAAAGAUAAAAUGGCUACUACAUAUGGUUCAGAAAUUGUGUUACUGACAGAUGGAGAGGACUCGGGUGUAGGAGCUUGCUUGCAGUCGGUGAAAGAAAGUGGAGCAAAAAUUCACACCAUUGCACUGGGGCCACAGGCAGCCAAAGAAUUAGAAGAGUUUUCAACACUAACAAGAGGUUUAAAGCUUUAUGCUGCAGAUGGAGCCACCCCCAGUAAAUUAGUCACGACAUUCAGUAGACUUACAUCAGAAAGUGGAGAUAUUUCUGAACAAUCUAUUCAGCUUGAAAGCAAAGAGCUCACUGUUCAGUAUUCUGGAUGGAUGAAUGCUACUGUGCCUGUUGACAAAACUGUGGGAAAGGGCACUUUCUUCAGCAUUGCAUGGAAUAUAUCUCAGCCAUUUUUUUUCAUGAGGGACCCCAAAGGAAAAGAAUAUGGAAGCCUCGACUUUAUAAUCAAUGAUUUAACCCAAAACGCAGCUAGACUCAGUAUAAGUGGCACUGCAGAGGUGGGUGAUUGGCAGUUUUGUAUUAAAAAUAUUCAUACAGGGACUCAAGAUAUAUCAGUAACAGCUACCUCUCGGCCAGCAUCAUCUUCUGUUCCUCCUGUGAUCGUUACAGCUCAUAUGAACAGGGCAAAUACAGCAUUUAAUCCAGUUGUUGUUUAUGCAGAGGUUAGCCAAGGGUUUUUGCCUAUUCUUGGUGCAACUGUGACAGCCACCAUAGAGAAGGACGGUGCUGCAGCAGUAAACCUUGAACUUCUUGAUAAUGGAGCAGGUGCUGACACGAUAAAGAAUGAUGGAAUUUACUCAAGAUACUUUACUUCUUUACAAGGCAUUGGAAGAUACAGUGUAAAAGUUAAUGUCCUGGGGAGAAAUACAACCACCAGACUUGGCUUCAAGCAAAACCAAGCCUUCUAUAUACCAGGCUACAGAGAAAAUGGUAAAAUUUAUAUGAAUGCACCGAGACCUAAAUUUACUGAUAAAGAAAUGGAAGUCAAGCUGGGAAGUUUCAGCAGAAUUUCAACAAGUUCCCUUGUAGUGAAUAGAGGAGAUUAUCCUCCUGUUUAUCCACCCUGUAAAGUUACAGACCUUCAUGCUCUUAUAGAAAACAAAACAAUAGUCUUGUCUUGGACAGCUCCAGGAGGUGACUUGGACAAUGGAAAAGCUGAUCACUACAUAAUAAAAAGCAGUAAAAGUCUCCUGGACCUAAGAAAUCACUUUGAUCGUGCUACUUCUGUGAAUUCCUCUAAUCUCAUACCUAAGGAGGCUGGUAGAGAAGAAUCAUUUAAAAUUAAUCUCGAAAAUUUUGAUAUUGAAAAUGACACCAUAAUCUACUUUGCUAUACGUGCUGUUGAUGAUACCAACUUGAUUUCAGAGGUGUCUAAUAUAGCACAAGCCACAUGGUUCAUUCCUCCAAAACCAUCCGUGCCUUUAGAUUAUGAUGGCAACAAUGACAGUGUUAAUCGUACAGGAAGUAACAGUACAGUAAUAGGGGCAAUAAUAGCUCUGUGUGUAGUAACAGUUGUCUGUACUAUUGUAAGUUCAAUUCUGUGUGUUUUACAAAAACAAAAGGGAAGACUGGUCAUUGAAACAAUGCAAAAGCAUGUGUAA